GUGGGAGCUGCGAGGCCGCGGGCGGCGAGAGGCGUCGUGCGGCCGCUCCCCCCGGGGCCGGCGCGGCGGACGGUGGCGGCGGCGGCGGCGGCGGCAGCGGAUCUGUUCUUAAGACAUUUUAGCCAUGACUAAGAGGGAGGCAGAGGAGCUGAUAGAAAUAGAAAUUGAUGGAACUGAGAAACAGGAAUGCACUGAAGAAAGCAUCGUUGAGCAAACCUAUACCACAGCAGAGUUUGUGAGUCAAGCUAUUGACAUCAAUGAACCAAUUGGAAAUCUUAAGAAGCUGCUGGAACCCAGACUGCAGUGUUCCUUGGAUGCACAUGAAAUUUGCCUGCAAGAUAUCCAGCUGGACCCAGAUCGAAGCCUUUUUGAUCAAGGAGUAAAAACAGAUGGAACAGUGCAACUCAGCGUGCAAGUAAUAUCUAGGCAAGGGAUAGAGCCCAAGUUAAACAUCCUUGAAAUUGUAAAGCCUGUGGAGACUGUGGAGGUGGUGAUUGAUCCAGAUGCUCAUCAUGCAGAGGCUGAAGCUCACCUUGUUGAGGAAGCUCAAGUGAUAACCUUGGAUGGAACAAAGCAUAUUACAACAAUUUCAGAUGAAACUUCUGAACAAGUGACACGAUGGGCUGCAGCAUUGGAAGGCUACCGAAAGGAGCAGGAGCGCCUUGGCAUACCCUAUGACCCAGUGCAGUGGUCGACAGACCAGGUGCUCCACUGGGUGGUGUGGGUGAUGAAGGAGUUCAGCAUGACUGACAUUGACCUCAGUGCGCUCAGCAUUCCUGGGCGGGAGCUCUGCAGCCUCAGUCAAGAAGACUUCUUCCAGCGUGUCCCACGGGGAGAAAUCCUCUGGAGCCAUUUGGAGCUUCUUCGAAAGUAUGUGUUGGCUAGCCAAGAACACACUGGAGAAAUAGCAACUGUUACUAUUGAUCAGCCUGUGCAGAUUAUUCCAGCAUCUGUACAGCCUGCUACCCCAACCACCAUUAAAGUAAUAAACAGCAGUGCAAAAGCAGCUAAAGUACAGAGAGCUCCAAGGAUCUCUGGGGAAGAUAGAAGUUCCCCUGGGAACAGAACAGGAAACAAUGGCCAGAUCCAGUUGUGGCAGUUUUUAUUAGAACUUCUCACUGACAAAGAUGCUCGGGACUGUAUUUCUUGGGUUGGUGAUGAAGGAGAGUUUAAAUUGAAUCAACCUGAACUAGUUGCACAAAAAUGGGGACAGCGCAAAAACAAACCCACAAUGAACUAUGAGAAGCUUAGUCGGGCUUUGAGGUAUUACUAUGAUGGAGACAUGAUCUGCAAAGUUCAAGGCAAGAGAUUUGUGUACAAAUUUGUCUGCGACUUGAAAACUCUCAUUGGAUACAGUGCAGCAGAGUUGAAUCGGUUGGUCACAGAAUGUGAGCAGAAGAAACUAGCCAAGAUGCAGCUCCAUGGCAUUGCACAACCAGUUACAGCAGUGGCUCUAGCUACAGCAUCCCUGCAAACGGAGAAAGAUAAUUAAGCACUAGGACAUGAAGGUGGGAGCCUAAGGCCUUUCCUACAUAACCAGAGCAAUUGUUGCUCUUACUUUAUCAGAAUUGGAAACUUCUUUUGCUUCUUGACAGUACAAUAUAGAGCAUGAUUUUCUGUAAAGAACUGGGACUCGCAUAAAUCUGGAUCUUUUAACAGCAUAUAUUUCAAUAUAAGUUAAGGGAUCACCACAACUUCUGCAACUUUGAGUCAGGACCUCUAUGGUAUGCAAUUUGAAAUUGGUGAGAAAGGUUGAAUUGGUUAGUGCUCCGUGUCCACAGCUGCAUAAAGUAAUUUUUGCAGCAAUUUUUAAAAAAAUGAAGUACCUACAGCAGGCAGGCUGAUCAGCUGUCUGAACUCAGCUCUUUCCGGUCUUUUGUUCUCUGCUGAACUACCAAAUGGCAUUUGAUGCUUUCAAAGUUAAACAUGUUCAUUAUUCUCAUUUAAUCAAGCAGAGCUGAAAGGCACAUUAAACAUUACAAAGCAUCAGGUUCUUAAAGUACCUUCUGUGUUCAUAAGCAAAGGAAACUAAGACCAGACCGAACUGAAGAUCAGUGCUGAAGAAUGAGAUCCAGGUUUAGAUCUGGCUUGGGUGAAAAGCCAAUUAUGAGUAUUUCAUUGUAAUGUGUAGAUAAUAUGCAUAUAUGAGGGCAAGUACUUACCUGUUUUGAAAGACAUUGUUAACGCUAGCCAUUUAGCAAAAAGCGAAGACAAACUUCUUCCCCCAGUACCACACCCCAUCAGGUGAUUUGAAAACUUGAAAAAAUAGCCCUCACCCAAAGAGUAGUUUGUUUUGGUGGGGAGUUUUAAUGCUCUAUUCUACAAGGUGCUUAUACCUACAGGGUAAUAAACCUUAGUAACUGAAGACUUAAGUUAAUCACAGUCAGUAGUCCCUGUCUAGAAACAAAAUGCAAAUUGAAAAUAGUUUGACAGAGAACUGAAGUUUGAUUUCCAAAUUAUUGUACAGUCUGACAUUAAAAUACAAAGAUGUAGUUUUUAUUUAAUUCUUUUUGAACUUCAACUGAUAUUUUUGAAGCUUCACAGGCCAAAUGUAUGCUCCAGAGUUUGGGUGCAAUUUGAAGGCUGGAUGAUGAAUAGAAAUACUUGGAAUGUAUCCUGAGUUCUGAGCUAUGGAGAGUACUUCAUGCAAAGAUGCGUGCAGAAAAAAGUAGGCUGCAACUUUUGAGCUUCUAUACUGAUGCCUUUUAGACUGUUUCUUUUGAUGGCUGGAAAUGGUGCAAUUUUGGGUUUGCUUUUGCCCCUUCAUGUUAUUAAACAGUAUAAAUAUGUCACUGUGCAUAUUUUCCAACUUUUUAUAAGUGAAACCCCAUCUGGUAACACUUGAACUAUUAAAAUGCAAAUUUAUAAGGGAAAACCUUUAAUUCUGUGGAGGAUUGAAUUACUCUUAAACCUUAAAUAAAAAGUGCUGGUACAUUGAGGUUCUAAACAUAAAAUGUGUUUAUACCAACUAGCAAGAGCACUGGACUGUCGCUCUUGAUCUGAAAAAGAAUGGUCAUACUUGCAGACCGAGAGCAAAGAACACAGAAGACUCAUGUAUAUUUUGAAGAUGCAUUGAGGACAAAGCUUUUUGUUUAUAGGUGGAUGUUCAUCUGCAGAUAGUUCUUGCUUAACUGGAAAUCUUGCAUGUAGUUCUAGAUUUUUUUAUCAUCACCAUGAUUAUACUUUUUUUUUUUUCCAGAUUCUUUCAGUAAAUCUUAAUAUUGUUUUAAUUCUUGAGCUGUUAAAGCACUUCAUCUACUGAGCAUGCUGGGUUUAUUUUAUUUUAUUUUUCAAAUCUUAAGCCCUGAGCAAAAUACCUAAAUGCAUCUGUCAGAAGAGGUCAACCAUCAAUCCAUUUAUUCCUGUUACAGUAGUCUGAUCCCACCAGCUGGUAUGUGUUUGAGGUGACUUACGCAAAUAGGUGCAGGUUUCAGGUUUGCUUACUAAGAAUAAGAUGAAGCUGGGAGUUUGGUGGCAGCAACUAUGUGUAUAAUACCGUUCCAUUACUGAGCAGAAGUCCAAAUACAAGUCACUAAUUUUAUUUAACAGAAUUGAUGAGAGGCCUUUUUAGUUAAAAUACAGUAUGAAAAGAGGAGAAGCUUAAAAUAUCAGCUUUCUAGAUCAAACUGGAGCGGGGGAUGAUAAACGAACAGCAAAAUAGAAAUCUACUAUCGAUACUUUAUUCCCCGAAUGUUCUUGCUACCUGAUAAGCCCCCUAGGGGAAACUUCUGAUAUCACACACUUUCUUUGUAAAUACAUCCAAUUAUUAUUUUGCAGCUUUUCAGUAGGUAUGCUAGUCCUUUGGGUUCUUUGUUGUGGGAUCAUCUGCUUUUCCACCAUGUUCCAAUUAGUAAAGAAGGAAUCUUUCAAAUGGUAUAAAAUCACUGUCACAUUCUCUGUAGUUGAGGGAGAAAUCUGUGACUAACUUGAUGUCUUCACUAAAAUAAAAGAUGUAGAAUAUAUUGUCAAAGGUUGUUCUGUUGCUGCCAGAAGGAAAACAUAGAAUAUUCCAAAUUUUUUGUAAAACUGAAGGUUUUUUGCAUACUUUUUAAAUAAAGACACUUAUACUCUGCUAAUAA